GUCCCUUUAGAUGGAAUAUAAUAUAGCAGAAGCAUUUUCAUCAAAAGGAUUAAUGCCUGCAUUAUCAUCUCUGCAAUAAAACAGAAAGCUAAGUGGUGGAGGCCACAGACACCUCAAACCUGGAUUCCACAAUUCUACAUUAAGUGUUGGAGUUUUGAUUACUCUGCUGUAGGAAAGCUUUUGCCAAUGCUUACAAGGAACUGUUUAUCCCUGCUGCUCUGGGUCCUGUUUGAUGGAGGUCUCCUAACACCACUUCAACCUCAGCCACAACACACUUUAGCCACAGAACCAAGAGAGAAUGUUAUCCACCUACCAGGACAACGAUCACAUGUCCACCGAGUUAAACGUGGCUGGGUAUGGAAUCAAUUUUUUGUGCUGGAGGAGUACAUGGGCUCUGAGCCUCAGUAUGUGGGAAAGCUCCAUUCCGACUUAGAUAAAGGAGAGGGCACUGUAAAAUACACCCUCUCGGGAGAUGGCGCUGGCACCGUUUUUACCAUUGAUGAAACUACAGGGGACAUUCAUGCCAUAAGGAGCCUGGAUAGAGAGGAAAAACCUUUCUAUACCCUUCGUGCUCAGGCUGUGGACAUAGAAACCAGGAAGCCCCUGGAACCUGAAUCGGAAUUCAUCAUCAAAGUGCAGGAUAUUAAUGAUAAUGAGCCGAAAUUUUUGGAUGGACCUUACAUUGCUAGUGUUCCAGAAAUGUCUCCUGUGGGUGAGUAA